AUGCAGGUGUUCGGCGAGUGGGCCCAAGUGGAGGUGGUGGAGCUGGUGAACGACGGGUCCGGGCUCGCGUUCGGCAUCGUGGGGGGGCGCUCCUCCGGGGUCGUUGUCAAGAGCGUCUUGCCGGGCGGCGUGGCUGACAGGGAUGGGCGCCUACGCAGCGGAGACAUGCUCCUGCGCAUCGGCGCGGUGUCGGUGGUGGGCAUGUGCGCACGACAGGCGGCGGCCGUGUUGCGGCAAUGCGGUGCAUGCGUGCGGUUGCUGGUCGCCAGGCCAGCACAUAGCAUGCAAGCGUCCCUCGGUGCGUCUCAAGCGCCAAUAGUGCCAUCUCGCUUACUCACGGACCCAAUAGAGCUAGAACGGAGCCUAUCUGAGGCCGGCCAUGAUGGAUUUGGUGCGUUAUGCGAAGACGCCAGUCCACCUUCACCGCCACCCACCAUCAUUGAGGAAACUUACCAUCACAGGCCGGUAGCAUCCAUAGUAGCGGUGGUGCCACGAGAGGCCCUGGCACCAUCACCACGGCCUCCUCCGCUCAUUACUCUGCCCCCACCCAGACAACCCCCACCACUUAGAUUGCCCUUGGAUAUGGCGGUGCGCGGAUGUGAACCCGAAACCUUGAGCUACGAAGUCGAGUUGAACAAGGACUCCGCGUUGGGUCUGGGUAUUACCGUCGCGGGGUACGUUUGCGAACAAGAGGAGCUGAGCGGGAUUUUCGUGAAGAGCAUAAGCGAAGGCAGCGCAGCCGACGUCUGUGGCAGGAUUCAAGUUAAUGACAGAAUUGUUGAGGUGGACGGAGUGUCGCUGCACGGAGUGACGAAUCACCGAGCUGUUGCUUUAUUGCGAGAUGCUAAGGGCCCCAUCGUUAAACUAAAGGCUUUGAGGUACCUCCGCGGAGCUGGUUUUGAACGUCUGCAGAAAGCGUUGGCAGCGCAAGACGGGAAACGUUCCCCAAUUCCACCGCCCAGCCCCUCUGUCACUUCCUUGGCUAAAUACAGCUUUAGUGUGUACGAUGAAUCAACAGUAAUAGAAGUCGAGGCAGAUUCCGAAAUACAACCACAUCUGCCAUCCCCAACGUCGCCAUCUGACGAAGCAGAAAUAGUGAUAGGAAGAGACGAUGACAUUUCGGAAAGAGAGAUCAGGAGGAUACAGGAUAAGUGGCGGGAUGUUCUGAGAGACGAACCGGACUGGCCUGGACAUCAGUACGAUUAUGAUAUUAUUGUAGGCUCAAUAAUAAAAGGGAAAGACAGCGGCCUAGGCAUCUCUUUAGAAGGCACAGUGCGGGUCGUAGGCGGUAAGGAGGUCCAAGCGCGGCACUACAUCAGGGCGAUAGCACCGAAUGGGCCUGUUGCUAAAUUGGGCAUCUAUCAUGUUGGUGAUGAAUUGUUGGAGGUGAACGGCUGGCGAGUACUAGGCGCACAUCACGUCGAAGUGGUGACGCGGCUCAGAGCUGUGACGUCUCCGGUGCUUCUCGUCGUGGUGCGGAAGCGGAGUGAACAAAGCAACAGAAUUGAACCUAGCUUAGCAAGGAGCGGUGUACUAGGAGGCAGCCUUCAAGACUUGCUUGCUCCACCUCAAAGACUGAUUAAAGCGAAGUCAGAAAGUUCAGUUGCGUCCUUGUGCAGCGCGACCACUGUGCUGUCGGCUGGCCAUGAUCAUGAUGAAUUCUGUUCAGACGAGUUGGAACGGAAUAGAUCCAGGUCUUUGGAACCACUAAGCUGGCUGGCGAUGUGGAGCGACCAUGUUGACUACAUCCAGCUGCACAAAGAGGAGAGGGGGCUUGGGUUCUCUAUUUUGGACUACUUGGAUCCUUCAGAACCCAGCAGCUCAGUGAUAGUGGUACGGUCCGUGGUGAAUGGUGGUGCCGCUGCGUUGGACGGGAGACUGUCUCCAGGGGACAGGCUGGUGUCGGUCAACGGUCUGGACAUAUCCAGGGCGCCGUUAGCUGUUGCAGUCUCUGCUAUAAAGAGUGCACCUAAAGGCAUCGUAACGAUCGGAAUAUCAAAACCCUUACCAUGCAGUACAGUGGUGGGAGGAGAAAAAGCGAAUGGUCCUAAUUUCCAGAAUAGUCAGCGCUUGGAGUACUUAACAAAGGUGUUUCGUCUGAUAAUGUCACUCCACCAAGACAUCAUGGCGCUUCAAUUGCACUGUCAAAGGGAGUGCAUCAAUUCACUGGCCUCAGACGACCAGACGGGUAUGGAUUCCUUCCACGAAUGCUUGCAAGAAUACGGUGAAGGCCUCGAAGUAGUCCAGAUAUGCCUUGAACCAGAGGAACCUUCGAUCAAGGACGAAGAAUUAUCCGCCCUAGCCGAUAUAAGUACUGAUGAAUCAAACAAAAAAGAUAAAUCUAUCACUGACAAUGUCAUCAUUACUAUUGAAAAUAAGCAUGAUAAAGAGAAGGUAAACGGUAUAGUAGAGUUAAAAACAUUAAAAUCAGAAGAAUCAUUGGAUGAUCCUGACGAUGAUAUGACAAUAACCGAAGACGAUGUCGCUACGGCACCCAGAGAACUAAAUGUCCGAAGUAAAUCAGCAGACAGAAAAGAAAUGAAUGGAAACAAAACCCUAUCGAAGCAGCACAGUAGGGAUAUAUCGACGUCAGACGAAAUGGUAUUCGCAGUAACUCCAACUGGCCUUGAACGGAUAAGCUACGAGAAGUAUUGGAGAGAAUGCGAUAGUAAUAAGGAGAAAACAAACGACGAGAGCUGGAAAGAAUGUCUCAACUCUCCAAACGACGAGACCUCGAGCUUAUACGACACCACCACUAGAAUUUCCGUCCAGGAAGAAAACCAUUCGUUGCUGUUUAUAGAUCAUGAAAUCGACGGUUAUGAAACUUGUCUCGACGAAGAUUCAACGUCCAUAAAAUGUACAUCGAAAAACGCUCAUAAAAUGAACGGCGAUAGCGAGAUCAAAGAGUUAGAUAAACAAAAUAGAGUAGUUAAUAAAAACAAAGACAACGCCUGUGCCAAAACAAUCGUCGAUCACUACUCGGCCAAUUCCAAAGAGGAUGUGUCGUCUUUUCCAUAUGUGGAGGAGCACAUUAUAAAACAAAUGCAAUCGCUGAGAAUAGAACCCUUAAACGUAAACGUAUAUAAUAGAAGGAAGAAGAAGAGUCCAACGAAGCCGUCCAAGAAUGAACGUAGAUGCAUCGAGUACUACAACGACCAAGACGAGUGCUUAAAGGAAAUCAAUAGAAAAAAACUGGAGGAAGAGGAGAAGAAACACAAACAUACGCAAAACAAAAUAUUGGAAAACAACAAAGGAGUGAUAGAGAAGAAGCUGCAAUUGAAGAAGCGGGACCCAAGCGAAGAAUCGACAGACGCUGAAGCGAACUACGUGGCGGGUUGUCAUAAGUGUUUCCUAGAGAGUUACGCGUACGCCAUAACUAAAGCGUAUAUUGAGGAGGCGAAUUGUUGUAAAUAUUGUGAGGUGAUAAGGGAUAUGUUGGAACCGCCGAAGACGAUGCCUCACAGGCGUAUGUCAGCUCCAGGAGUACUGAGUUUGGACAGUCCGAUAUCAGAUACGGGUAAUGGAGGACUGUUAGGGGUACCCGGGGAAAGGGGGCGGAGGAAAUCAGCUGGGCCAUUGAAAUAUCUCGUGCCUUCUAGAAGACCUAGCUUUGUUCCAAACAUGACGGUGACGGUCUCACCAGAACGGCGCGAUGGCGUGUCAGCCCAGCGCUGGGGCCCGCCACGAAAGGUUACAUUGAAGAGAGGCCCUGGUGUCCCACUUGGGGUCAGCAUUGUUGGCGGGAAGGUCGACAUAAUAUCAGGAAGAGAUGACGCAAAUGGAAAUGAUAAAGGAAUAUUCGGGAUCUUCAUCAAAAACGUCGUUCCUAACAGUGUAGCUGGCAAAACUGGAGAGUUGCGCGCUGGCGAUAGAAUAUUGGAAGUAGACGGUGUCUGCGUAAGAACAGCACAACAUGAGAGAGCAGUUCAACUUAUUAAAGCAGCCGGCUCCAUCGUUGUAUUGACGGUGCAAAGUUUAAUGACAUGGAACACUGAUUCAUCUGAUUCGUCGCCACGAGCUGUGACAGCUAGACCUUCCAUGAAGAAGAAACCAGCUCCAGCACCACCGCAAAAACAUGAUAUCAAGAUAACAGUAACAUCAGACUCGGAUACCCCAAAAGUGAAUGGCGAAAUAAAGGAAGACGAAGAGGAAAAAGAAAAAGAGACAGAAGAAAAGCCGAAGUCUGCUUAUUCGUCCGAAGAGAGUAGUGACGAGGAAGAUGAAAGAGAACUGCAAGGAAGGACUUACUCUGAGAAGGGCGUUGAGAUUGAUCGAGCUUCCGCCGGUGCCAUCAAGCGUAGUAGAGAAGAGAAGGAAGCGGACAAAGAAGAAGAAGACGACUUCGGCUACACAUCAAAUAAAAUUAAAAAGAAGUAUGGCCCACUCGGCGAAAGCAUUGUUGUGGUCAAACUGGAGAAGCACGCCAAACAUGGCCUGGGACUCAGCUUGGCCGGACACAGGGAUAGAAGUAGGAUGGCCGUCUUCAUAUGCGGGAUACAUCCAUCAGGAUCCGCUGCGAAGUCUUCACCGCCUGUCAAAGUCGGAGACGAGAUCCUGGAGGUGAACGGAAUUGUGCUCCACGGACGAUGCCACCUAAACGCAUCUGCCAUCAUCAAAGGAUUGCUGGGACCCGUCUACAAGUUCAUCCUAUUGAGACGCAAAGCUGCCUUAGAAGAUGUUGCUGUAAAACCACUGACGCAAUUUCCAACGGCAUUGGAGGAAGAGGUCAGUUUUUUAUUUAUAUUUUAG